ACGACACUGUUCAUUUGUAAUUUCAUGAACUAGAAACAAACAAUUCGUUUUCUAUCCCAUUUUAAAAGUAAAAAUGUAAAAACUGCUGCUUGAGAUUUCACGCCAAGUUAGCCAAGGUAAAUUUUCAAAGUCAAAUACUCGAAAUAUAUUGUAAAUAAUAUUAGAAAUUUAAAGACUGGUGUCAUGGCGAGAGAAAGAUUAAUUGCAUGCCUGCAGUGCCAAGGUUAAAACCACUACAAAGGUGUGGAGCGUUAUUGAAGCGUACUAUCAAUAUAGAUUGUUUCAGUCUCCUUGACCUUGAAUUGUUGGCAAGUAUCAGUUUUAAUUGCAGACAAAAAUAGAUAAUAUAUUCUGAAAAACGUUUACAGCAAUAAACUAUGAAUAAUCUCCUGGGUAGCUUGAGUUAACUUGCCAACAAAAUGAAAAGACAAAAAAGCAAAGUGUACAUUAACCACUCCACCUAACACUUACAUCUUUCAUUAUAUAUUGAAUAAUCAUGUAAUGUUGGUAGCGAAUUAACGUAAUAUGUAGCACACUGGAUGAGAAAUCUUGUUCCGUCUGCAUUGCUACAAGAACAUUCAGAAGAUGGACGAAAUAGUAAAAAACGUAGGCCGAGAAAAGUUUUUCGAAAAAGUAAAACCUGUUUUACGCAGACGGGAAUUUGAGUCAGAGAAAAUACUUGCUGUCGGCAGCUAUGGUUUUGUUGUUCAGGUUGAGAACAUAAAGGACAAACAGAAAUACGCCAUAAAGAUUCUUCGCAGUGCGAACAACGACACCGAUAAAAACACAAAAUACCAGAAACGAGAACUGGAGCUUCUAGAAAAGUGUAAAGAAGAACUUUGGAAGCAAAAUAUUAUCAGAUAUUACAAGUCUUGGCACAAAGAUAUCGAUAACGAACCAACGGAACCAACGGAACCAACAGAACCAACAGAACCAACAGAACCAACAGAACCAACAGGACCAUUUCUUUUUGUUCAAACAGAACUCUGUUUCAAAAACUUGUUAGAUUUCGUCUACGACAACACGAUAGCUGCCGGUCCUCAGAUUGUUCGAAUUUCUAGUCCGAAACCACUUUGGGCGCACGUUUUCCCCCAGAUUUUGAAUGGUUUACAAGCUAUACACAAAAUGGGCAUGGUUCAUCGCGAUCUUCACCCCAGUAAUAUUCUCAUAGCAUGCCCAGAACCACAACAAAUCCUGGAAGUUUCUGUCAAGAUCGCCGACUUUGGUCUUGCCAGGGAAAUCAGGUCGAUAAUCGAAGCCUCUCUUCCACUCACUGACGCCCCAGAAUUGCCAGAGCUUUCUCUUAAUGUUGGUAAUAAACUGUUUCAGGCUCCUGAACUAGCAACCAAAUAUUACGAUUAUAAAGUGGAUCUCUUCAGCGCAGGAAUCGUUCUAUAUUUUCUCAGCCGCUAUCUCAAAGACAAAAGUCAAUGGACAGAUGAAAUCAAGGAACUUAGAAAUGGGAAUCGUGAUCAACAACAUUUGUCUCAUCAGGACAAAUUAUUAUUCGACCUAAUCGACCGCUUAAUGAAGCAGGACCCAAACAAACGACCGACUGCGGACGAGGCUUUGAAAUACAUUCAAGACGAGAGCAAGGACAUUAGACGAAAUGAAUUACUCGACAAAAAAGAAAAGAAAAUGCUUGCAGAGAGAGCGACAACAAUUUUACGCCGGCGGGAUUUUGAGUCAGAAAAAAUUCUUGGUGAGGGCAGCUAUGGUUUUGUUGUUCAGGUUGAGAACAUUGUUGACAAACAGAAAUACGCCAUAAAGGUUCUUCCUUGUGCGAAUGACGACAACGAUAAAAACGCAAAAUACCAGAAACGAGAACUGGAGCUUCUAGAAAAGUAUAAAGAAGAUCUUUGGAAGCAUAAUAUUAUCAGAUAUUACCAUUCUUGGCACAACAAUGUAGAUAACGAACUAACGGAACAAUUUCUGUUUGUUCAAACAGAACUCUGUAUCAAAAACUUGUUGGAUUUCGUCUACGACAACACGAUAGCUGCUGGUCCUCAAAUUGUCCAAGUUUCAAGUCCAAAGCCACUCUGGGCGCAGGUUUUCCCCCAGAUUUUGAAUGGUUUACAAGCUAUACACCAAAUGGGCAUGGUUCAUCGAAACAUUCACCCCGGUAAUAUUCUCAUAGCAUAUCCAGAGCCACGACAUGUCCAGGAAAUUUCGGUCAAGAUCGCUGACUUUGGUCUAGCCAAGGAGAUCGAGUCUAUAAUCGAAGCCCCUCAUGUUUCUUCUGAUGUUGGGAAAGAACUGUUUAGGGCCCCUGAACUGGCGACUGGAUAUUAUGAUUAUAAAGUGGAUCUUUACAGCGCAGGAAUCGUUCUGUAUAUUCUCAGCCGCUAUCUUCCAGACAAAAGUCAAUGGUCAGAUGAAAUCAAGGAACUUAGAAACGGGAAUCGUGGUCCUAAAUAUUUGUUGCAUCAGGACGAAGUAUUACUCAACUUGAUCGACCGCUUAAUGAAGCAGAACCCAAACGAACGACCGACUGCAGAUAUGGCAUUAACAUACAUAGAAGGCGGGAGCACGAACCUUAACGAAAGGAAAUUUUUAGUAAAGAAACACGGUGAGGAACUUUACUAUCGAUGUACCACACCUGAUAUUACAUUGAAAAAUUUGCAAGCUGCAAUACAAGAACAUUGUCAUGUAGGGAUUGGGGCUGAUGCUCAGAUUUUGAUACAAGACAAACCAAACGAGGAAGAAGCUCGUAUACAGGUUGGAAUAACGUCUGAUAAAGAUGUACGGGAAAUGUUCCUUAGUGCCGAGAGGCAGAGGAAAAAAGUCCGCAUUGUUGUGGGAGACAAGACUGACCAUGAUAGGGCCACAAACGUUGUGGAAGCUGAAGAUAUGGAAACUUUAGAUAACUAGAUAACCGGUGCGAGAACAGAGUGAGAAGAACCAAGUAUGUAGCGAUAUUAUAAUGACUGCGUGGAAUAAAACUGAUAAGAACUUCAUAUAUACGUAUUUUUUAUUAUUUACGUAUCAACAUUAUACGUAUUUUUAGAACUUUUUUAGUGAACAAUUAAAUCCGGUGUAGUUUUAGAAUAUUUUAUCUUAUUUUAAGGUUUUUAUUUUUUUUCAAUUUACGAUUGUAAUUGCAAGAAAAAUCGAGGAAUUCUUUUGUGAUAUAGCAAUUUCACAGAAACAUUUAUGUAACCUCACUUAGAACUGCAU